AUGAGAGGCCCUAAUUAUGCUGAAUUAUUGGUGCUUCUAUUUCUAUGUAGUGCAACUACUAUUUGUUUCGCUUUCAAUUUGAGUGAUUCUGAGGUGAUCAUGAGAUGCAUAGAGGAAGAAAGACAAGCACUCUUCAAAUUCAAACAAGGCCUUCAAGAUAAUUUCAGUAUGCUGUCUUCUUGGGGCAGUGAUGAGGAAGAUUGUUGCAAAUGGGAAGGAAUCAAAUGCAGCAACCGAACAGGUCAUGUUGUCACCCUUCAUCUAAGCAAUAAACGUUUAUCAGGUGAGAUAAGGUCUUCAUUACUUGGAUUGCAACAUUUGACUUACCUCGACUUAAGUUACAAUUAUUUCUCCAUCCUCCCAAAGUUCAUUGGUUUACUCACUAAAUUACAGUAUCUCAAUCUUUCCAAGAACUAUUUUUUUGGAACCAUUCCACCGCAGCUUGGAAAUCUCUCAAACUUGAUUUCUCUUGAUAUCAGCUGGAAUAUUAUGAUAAUUGAGGACUAUAAUCUUGACUGGCUCUUUCAUCUCUCCUCUUUAAGAAACUUAGAUAUGAGCAGUGUGAACCUUAGCAAGGUAGUGAAUUGGCCGGAUAAGGUUAAUAUGCUCCCUUCUUUGUUACAAGACUUACGUCUAAGUAAUUCUCAGCUCUCCCUGCCGGUUCCUCCUACACUUAUCAAUGCUAAUUGUUCUUCACCACUUUCAUUCCUUGAUCUCUCUUUGAAUCAAUUCAACUCCUCAAUAUUCCCUUGGUUGUUCAAAUAUUACAAUCGCCUUCUUCAUCUUGACCUCCAUUGUACCGAAAUAGAAGGUCUUAUUCCGAAAGCGUUGGGGAAUAUGGUGGCUCUUGUUCAUCUUGACCUCAGUUUUACCAAAAUAGAAGGUCUUAUUCCAAAAGCUUUUGGGAAUAUGACGGCUCUUGUUCAUCUUGACCUCCAUUCUACUGAAAUAGAAGGUCUUAUUCCAAAAGCUUUUGGGAAUAUGACGGCUCUUGUUCAUCUUGACCUCAGUUUUACCAAAAUAGAAGGUCUUAUUCCAAAAGCGUUUGGGAAUAUGACGGCUCUUGUUCAUCUUGACCUCAGUUUUACCAAAAUAGAAGGUCUUAUUCCAAAAGCUCUUGGGAAUAUGGUGGCUCUAGUUCAUCUUGACCUCUCUUCCAACAAACUUGAAGGGCCAAUACCGAAUCUUUCAAAAUUAUCUUUGUUGAGAGAGUUGCAUCUGUCCAACAAUCAGUUAAAUGGGAGUUUAGACAAUGUUCUAGGAAAACUUUCCAAGCUUCAGGUUUUGGAUUUGUCCUUCAAUUCUCUCAAAGGUGUCAUCACUGAAACACAUUUGUCGAAUCUUUCCAGCUUAAACCAAUUGGACUUGUCUUAUAAUUAUGAUCUGUCUUUGAAGUUUAGUCCAGACUGGAUUCCACCAUUUCAUCUGGAUUACAUAGGAUUGGGAUCUUGCAAAUUGGGGCCAACUUUUCCUCAAUGGAUUCAAACACAAAAGAAUUUUUCAGCACUUGAUAUAUCUAGUGCAAGAAUUUCAGACACCAUCCCCAAUUGGUUUUGGGAUCUUUCUUUUAAUAUAAAGUACUUAAAUAUCUCAGCCAACCAAAUCACUGGCAAUAUACCUUUUGAAUGGUUUUCGACAAGAUUUCAGGCUUUAAAUGCAAUAGAUUUGAGUUAUAACCGCUUCAGCUGUCCACUGCCACAACUUAACUCUAAUUCAUGGGUGUUGAAUCUCUCCAAUAAUUUGUUCCGAGGAACUGUGACAUUCAUAUGUGAGUCCGAUGGAUUCUUGGAAUACCUUGAUCUUUCGAAUAACUUAUUAUUUGGAGAGCUCCCCAAGUGUUGGCCAAAAAUGGCGAAUCUAGAACUCCUUAAUUUGGCAAAUAAUAAUCUCUUUGGGAGAAUUCUUAAAUCAUUCGGAAAAAUUUGUUGGAAAUAUAGUUUUUUCAAGUCAUUGCAUUUCCAAAACAACAGUUUCAUUGGAGAAUUACCUGUGUCAUUGAUGAACUGCUCUUUGCUGAGUGUAAUAGAUUUUGGAGAAAACAAACUAUCUGGGAGGAUACCAACAUGGAUCGGCACAAGCCUACUGCAAUUGAUGAUUCUUCGCCUGCUGAGUUUGUUGGUAGCAUACCAUUACAGUUAUGUCAACUAA